GCGAAACCAAAAAAAUACUCUGCAAGGUACCUUACUUGCAGAGUUAUUCGACUAUUGAGUCCAGCUAGUAGAACUAUAGCGUUAUGUAAACCUCGACUUUGUGUCUUAGUGUGGCAUAGUGUAUAUAGCCUCCAGUUUUAACGCCAGACAAGACGACUCGAAUAUCAAACUGAAGUUGGUAAAAGCCCAGUGAGAACGCUGACUUUCCUACUCACAACGUUGCAAUAGUCAGACCUGCACAAGAACAAUGUACCGCAUUGGACCAGCUGAAUUGAGGAUUGUACUGCUUGGUAAAACUGGCGUGGGGAAGAGUGCCACAGGAAACACUAUUCUGGGACGAGAUGUGUUUCGUUCUGAGUCUGGCUUUUCUUCAGUUACCAAACAAUGUCAGCUGGCAACUGCUGUUAUUGGAGAGCAGACCAUUUCUGUUGUUGACACUCCAGACUUCUUCUAUUCAACACACACAGAGGACUUGGACUCAGAGAUCAGGAGAAGUAUUACUCUGUGUGGCUCAGGGCCUCAUGCCUUUGUUUAUGUUCUGAAGCUGGAAACAUUCACAGAGCAAGAGGCAGAUGUAGUGAAAGUGAUUCAGAAACGAUUUGGGGAGGUUGCCGAUAAGUACACCACUAUUGUGUUCACUCAUGCAGAUAAACUGAAUGGUGCAAACCUGGAGGAAUUUGCAGAGGACAAUAUAGUCUUAUUAGGCCCAAAUGGUGAGCGAUGUCCCAUAUUUAAUAAUAAAGACAGAGCAAACAGGCAGCAAGUAACUGAGCUGCUGGAGAAGAUCAGCAUAAUGGUGACAGAGAAUGAAGGGAGCUACUACACAGUGGAGAUGCUUGAUGAGGCAGAAAGAAAGGCAGAGGAAGAGAUAGAGAUGCUGCGAAAGGAGAUACACAGGAAGGAAAACUCCAAACUACCGUGGUGGAGAAGGAAGUUAACCAUUUUACAGCUGAAACCAAAACAUGUAUACAUGUUAAGUGUGCUUGUUGUAUUUGCAAUGGGAGGGGUUUCAGUCAGAAAACAAGGCCCUUUCAACUUAACCAUGUUCAUGACAGGCAGCCUAAUAGCACUUUUAGCUGAAGGAGUUGGGAGUGUAUCAUACUGGACCAUACAGACCAUUUUAAUAAGGUUGGUACGGCAAUAUCGGCUUCCUCUUGGGAAUAAAAUGCAUACAUUACCUAUAACAGUGAUGGGUAUCACCACAGCCUCAGGGUUUGGUGGAGGGUUAGGGUUAUGGUUAGGAAACACACUUGCCAUAGGAGGAGCUGCUCCAAUAGGUGCAAUAGCUGGACUGUUAGGAGCAGUUGGAGUUAUGUUAUGUUGAAAAAAGAACACAUUAAAUUAGUAAUCUGUAUUUAUGUAUCUAAAUGUACAUUUUUGACAUGUACAUUUUUCACCCAGAUAGGCCUCACCUUUUUUUAGGUGCUGUAGCUGUAGACAUGAUACUUUGCAACUCUAACCAGUCGCCAACUUGUACGAUAACGCAUAUAGCUGUAGAAUCAGAAAACUCGCAGAUUUGGAUCUGAUAUUUGUAGUUAAUGUUAAAUUAUACUUAACAUCAGACAUACAUUAUCCAUUUUAUAUUGGUCCCUAAAUGGACCAAUAUAAAAUGAUAACUAACAUUUUCAUCAAGGUUGCAAUUGUGUAUGUAUUGUAGACCUAAUUAAUCCUUUUAAUUUCUAAUGCCUAUAAUUAUUUUAGUGAUCAUUUUCACGAUUGUAAUGAUAAUAGGUUUUAUCCAGCAAGGCCGAUUAAGAAGCAGAUUUAUCAACCCAAGGACGUGUGCAGACAUCCAGCCUGCAAAAACUUCUAAGUGCUGGAACAACUCACACCACACUGAAGUUGAAAUGCUGUGUAUUGCUCUGAU